UUUCCUUAACUGAAUUGGUGUUUUUUUCUCUCUCUCUCUCUUUUUACAUUAAACACAAACUGAACUUUAUUACAUUUAUUGCAUGAAAUGAACAGUAUUAUACACCUCAAAGGGAAAUUAAACUGAUUUACGAUAUCAAAUUCUACUUACUGUUUGAUGUUUUAUUGCUCUGUGUUGUGAUGUGAUUGUAUUUGCUAUUAUUAUUGUUAUUGUUGUUGUUGUUACAGUAAAGUGUUAUUUUUAUAUUCAACUUCUGGUCUCCUGGUAUAAGCUUCAUAUCUUCCUCCCCAAUUCUUUUAGAGUCUAGAACUGGUCUAGUGGCAAUACUGUAUGUGUGUGUGUGUGUGUGUCAUCAAUCAAUUAUCAGUGCCUUAGAAUUUUUACAUUACAUUCUACAUCAGGGUGAAUUUAAGCAAACUGCAAGUACAGUGUAAGUACUACAAAUACAGUGGAAAAGUGCACCUUUAGAAUAUAAAAAAAAAAUCCUAUGGGAUUAAAAUCCCAUUAAAAUCCUAUAGGAACAGUUCCUACAGGAUAUUUAUGUCUUGUCCUAUAGGACUAUUCCUAUCGGAAUCCUAUAGGAAUGGUUCCAAAAUACGAUAGAAAUUCCUAUUGGAAUCCUAUACAAUUGUCCUAUUGGAAUCCUAUAGGAUUUUUUGACAAGGGGGGUGGAGCUAAGACGCGAGGAAAGGAAACCAUGCACAAAUAAGCACCCCAUCAUGUUUCUGUCUGUCAAUAGGAGGAAGCCACGCCCUGUUUUUGAGCUCGCAGCCUGUUUUGGAGUUCCCACACCCAUUUGGAGAUCUCCAGGCUGCAGUUAUAGCUACCAUUGGACGUUUUGUUGUGCUUUGCCUAACUUGCUAAAUAAGGCUCACUAAAGAAAAAUAAAAAACGGCUCUCUAACUUUCUCUCAACGGCUCUUUUAUCAAACUGGCAUAGGCUAUGUGAUAAAUACAGUGCCAUCCAAUUUCAAAGAAAGAAAGUGAAAUCGAAACCAAAAAUCUCCGACUGGAGAUUCUAUCAUCUGCUGCGACAGUAUCCACGCCACCCGCGCGCACACGCACACACACACACACACACACACACACACACAAAACAGAAUAUAUAAACAUUUUAACAAACGUUAAAUGUAGUGUAAUUCAUAAACUAGCCUACCCCAUUUGUUAAUAAAAGAGUUCGACAAAAUCCAAUAUUUAAAUGAAAUAGGCUAUACGACCACCAACUCAAUCACCUCAAAUUCAUAGCCUAUGGAUGAGGACGAACAGAUCUCCUAUCGUUAUUCUGCAAUAGCUCACCUUGUUCACGAAGUCAAUUCUGCAGCAUCACGAUUUCCCGGAAAUCACCUCAUUUUAUAGACUUUCUGGGAGGGUACUUCCGAAACGGCGCUGACCACCUCUUCAGUGUUUAUACACGGGCUUCAGUCAGAGCCAUCCACGACAGAAGGCAAGCAGAGGAGGAUCAUGUCUUGUAGUAAGUACAUGCCAGCUCCAGUGUGUCUAAUUGAAAAUGAUGAAAAUGGGCAGCUGCAUGUGAGAAAAGAGGCCAAAGACAUUCUGGAUGGGAUCAGUGAGCCGGUGGUGGUGGUGUCUGUGGUGGGACUCUACCGAAUGGGGAAGUCUUACCUUAUGAACCGCCUGGCAGGACAACAGUCUGGCUUUGCUCUCGGCAGCACUAUUGAAUCAAAGACUAAAGGCAUCUGGAUGUGGUGUGUCCCUCACCCUAAUAAAAAAGGACACACUCUGGUGCUGCUGGACACAGAGGGACUUGGGGAUGUGGCAAAGGGAGACUCUAAGAAUGACGGCUGGAUCUUCUGUCUGGCUGUUCUGCUCAGCAGCACUCUGGUGUACAACAGCCGGGGCACUAUUGAUAACACUGCAGUGGAAAAGCUGCACUACGUUGCUGAGCUCACUGAGCAGAUCAAGAUCAGAUCGACAGAAGCAGCAGAUGAGGAGGAAGGGGAAGAUUCUGAGUUCGUGAGGUUUUUCCCAUCAUUCAUCUGGGUCGUGAGAGAUUUCACCUUGGAUUUGGAAAUUGAUGGGAAGAAAGUGACAGAUGACGAUUACCUUGAUUUUGCCCUCAAUCUGAAGAAAGGUUUGAGUAAGAAAAUUAGAGACUACAAUCUGCCUCGUGAAUGUAUUAGGCGUUAUUUCCCUUGCCGGAAGUGUUUUGUGUUCCCGUUUCCCGUUACCUCCCACAAAGACAUGACACGCCUGGAGAUCUUACAAGAUCAGGACCUUGCACAACAAUUUCUGGAGGUCACGGGACAUUUCUGUGACCACAUGUUUGUCAACAGUGCUGUGAAAAGACUGAAAGGAGGACACAUAGUUACUGGCCGAUUGCUCGGGCAUCUGGCUGAGAUAUAUGUAGACACAAUCAGCAGUGGUGAAGUGCCCUGUCUGGACAAUGCAGUGGUUGUUCUGGCAGAUCUAGAGAACCAGGCAGCUGUUCAAGAAGCUCUGAAAGUAUAUCAGGGAGGGAUGGAAGAGGUGAAGAAGACAUUACCAAUCAGUAUAGAAAAUUUGACCUGUGAGCACCAGAAAUUCAGCAGUCUGGCCACUGCUAAAUUCACAAAACGCUCAUUCAAAGAUGAAAAAAUGGAAUACUUGAAGAAACUGGAGGAAGCUGUAUGUAUGUGCUAUACAGACUUGUUGGAAGAGAAUGAGAUGGCAUCAGAGAGAAAGUGCAGAGAUCUGCUGAAGAAUCUGUUCUCUGACAUGAAUAAACGGCUGCAGGAUGGAGAGUACAGUCAGUCUGGAGGAUAUGAACUCUAUAAAAGAGACAGAGACGCCAUUGUUGAACAGUACCGCAGAGAACCCAACAAAGGUAUAAGGGCUGAGGCUGUGCUGGAAGAGUUUCUGAAAGAACGGGAACCUGAAGCAAACAGCAUCCUCUGCAUGGAUAAUAAACUCGCUGAAAAUGAGAAACAAAUUAAUAAAGAGAAAGAGAACGCAGCUCUGCUGGAACAGAAGUUGAAAGAAGAGGAGGAGAAACAAAUUGAGAGUAAACGAAUGAUGGAGACAGAGAAAGCGAGGCAUGAGGACAGGGUAAAACAGAUGCAGGAGAAGUUCAACAAGGAGCUGGAGCAGCAGCAGCAGGAGAUGGACAGAGCCAUUGAGAGCAAGCUGAAGGUGCGGGAGGAGAUGCUAAAGAAAGACUUUAAGGAGGAAGCUGAUAACCUUAUGGAAGAAAUAAAGAAUUUAAAAGAUGAAAAGGAACGCUCACAUGGUGGUAACAUAUUUAAGGACUAUGUGAUGCCAUUUCUUUGCCCUCUUGUAGAAACGGUUCCCAACCUCCUCAUGCAGAGAUCAAUGAUGAAAAGCCUGAAAAAGGGAUUGAAACGUUAAAACCUGAUACAAAACUAUCCUUGAUUCAUGUUUUCCAUUCACUGACAUAUCUCCAUUGUGUCUGAUUUUGUAGCCUUUAAGGACUUACUAAAGCAUGCGCUUUAUAGAGCAGGUAGUAAAUGAGCUGAGAAUCCUGAACAUAUUAUGCACCCUUGAAAGUGCACAAUGUAAUUUCUACACUGUUAGCAGCACCCAUAGAAUUUGCUAAAUGGCAGGUGCAUGCAGUGAACAGUCCAUCUUUUGGAUAGAAAGUAGUCAAAGUUCAAACAUACACAACUGGUGGUUGGGUGGCUGAAAUGGAUUGCAGUUCCAUUUUGUGCCAUUAGUGGUGUAGAAAUUACACACUGCAUUCACAAAAAGCAUUCACUGGAACUGGCACUUUGAAUCCAAAACAUGCCUCAGUCAGCCAAUGAUGGGACAAAAAUGGGUCCCUUCCCAAACUCAUUCCAAUGGAUGAGUGAAAUGAAUAAUGUUUAAAUGUGGACAUGUCGAUUCAUUAGUUUUAACAGCCGGCUGUCAAAAUGGUUGGGGGCAUAAACUGGUAAAGGAAUCUGUCCAGAUUCUGAAGAAGACUUGCUGAAUGUUGUUGGGAGGAACAAGUGUUUCUAACCCUUAGAAUCGAAUAGAUCAGUAAAUCUGGCUCAAAACCAUUCACACAGGUAGGGUUACAUUUUGAUAAAUGGAUUUGGAAACGUGAUGGAUUUUUUUUUUUCAUGUUGAUGUAAAAGGGAAUUAUGGAAGAUUUGUUAUGGAAGAUUUAUUAUUUUUUUAAUUUAUUUAUUAGUUCCUGUUUUAGCUUUAAAAAUGUUCUUAUGUUGCAAUAAGGAAAUUAUGUAAUAGGCUAGACAUGGUCAAGAAAGGGUCAAGGGGUUAUUUAAAAACAGCAAGCUGAGAUGUGCAGACAAUAUGAAAACAUGGAUGCUCAGCCCAAAGAUCAUGCUCAUUCUGAAUGCAGUCUAUACGUGAUCAGUCUAGACUUACGGAAACGCUUAGCACAGCAGAACUCACAGUCAUAUGACUAGAUUAGAUCAUCAUGACCAAUCCCCAUAUCAGUGUAACAAGUCACAGUGAAAAAAACUUGCGUAAUACUGAAUGUAUUUUCAUGUCAAUGUAAUUUGGUCCACAAAACAUACAGCAUAUAUUGUAGCAUAAUAUACUGUAACAUUCCAAUAUUCUACAAUAAAAUUGUUUUUCCUCUGA